CGAAAGCUGGCAAAACGUGGUAGUCGGGUCGGGACUCAGUUUAUCAUUACUAGUUUAAAGUGCGGUGAAAAUAAUAUCUCUCUUUUGGAGGUAUUUCUGUUUUCUUCUCAGUCAUACCGCUGAUCGAUCCUGAGCUUCUUGUUAUUACCGGUAGUUUUCUGCAGCAAUCGGCUGUCACAAAACAUGGCCUUACUGUUUCCCUUGAUUUCUGUGAUGAUGUUCGCCAGCCUCGUAUACGGAGCCAGCGACACGAAAGGGAAGAUGACAGAGAUCACUUCCCGCACCGCUAUUUGUGAUCAGAAGAUCUCGUAUGCAUCCAGCAAAUCGGAAGAUGACUGUGCCAACAAGUGCCGAAAAGAUUCCAAAUGCCGUUUCGCUGUUUUCAAAACCAAAGACAGAAUGUGCGGUCUGGUGCCGGCCAGUUUUGACUGCAUCUUCCAGCGGGAUCAAAACAAGUUGAUUGGAUUCGCCUAUAAAAAGUUCAGCCAGCGCGACCGAGUGCAGAUAAAGUCGCCAUUGCUGAAGAACAAGAAAGGUCAAGCGGUGGUGGACAGCAGCUAUGGGACACCGGCGGAAGAGUGCCAGGCCAUGUGCGACAUUCAUCCCAGCUGUCAAGCGGCACAGUUCUCGUCUAUGCGCGGCGAGAACUCGUGUAGUCUGCUGGCCAAAGCUGGUCCUACCAACAAGCAGGGUGCUGAUGACCGGGGCACUAACAUCGCAUUUGUUGCCGCAUAAAAGAAAUGCGAGUUCUGACUACCGAUCAGUUGGCUAACUUGCUCGUUCAUAUAACGGUCAUUCAUAACGGGAAUGAUAAUGUUAGUCUUAAGGCAGCAGCUCCUUGUUGACUGCUACAAAGAUACGGUACAUAACAGAUAUAUGCAUGGCUUCUUGAGCACUACAAGCGUUGAGUGCUCGUACUUACUAACAAUACUAACGUGCCAAAUUAUUAUUGUCACUCAUCGAACCUGUUUCAUGUUUGUCAAUGUAUUGCAGUGGUUAAAAAAAUCUUCAAAACUGU